AUGUUGCAGCAAACUUUGAAGAUAUUGCUGCAAUGGUUGAAGUUUGCUUUGAACCUUUCGUUCAAUGAUCUUGAAGGCGCGUUGCCUCAAGGUGGUGUGUUCAAGAAUGCAAGCGCAAUUUCAGUAGCCGGGAACCCUAAGCUCUGCGGAGGCGUGCCUGAGCUCAGACUACCAAAAUGCAAUCUCAAGAAGUCGAACUUGAAGUUGAAGAUAGUGAUGAUCUCUACUACAAUAUUAGCAUUAGCUAUCAUUGUUGGUGGUGCUCUUGUCUUCUGUUGUCUGAAGAGAAGGAGGCCUCCGCCUCCGUCUAAUCCAUUUGCCAAUCCUCUGCUGCAAGUGUCGUACCAGACGCUCUCCCAAGCUACGGUCGGAUUUUCAGAGGAGAUCUUGCUCGGUGCUGGCAGCUACGGAGCAGUGUACAGAGGAGCUCUUGGAGAAGACGAGAAGCUCGUUACGGUGAAAGUGCUGAACCUUUCGCAGCGUGGAGCUGUGAGAAGCUUCGUAGCUGAGUGUGAGGCGUUGAGAAACAUCAGGCACGGGAAUCUUGUCAAAGUAGUCACGGCUUGCUCCGACUUUGAUAUGCAGGGGAAUGACUUGAAGGCCUUGGUUUAUGAGUUCAUGCCUAAUGGCAGCCUCGACGACUGGCUGCACGAAGAGGAUCAGAGACGAGGGCGAGCCAGGAGACUAGGCCUAGCUCAGAGGGUUAGCAUUGCCAUAGAUGUUGCAUGUGCAUUGGACCCUAUCAUCCAUUGUGACAUCAAGCCGAGCAACGUCCUACUAGACGAUGACCUAGUCGGGCACGUGGGCGAUUUGGGGCUAGCAAGAUUCCUCACUAAAGCUACAACACAUCAACAGAGGCACCAUUGGCUACACUGCUCCAGCUUUGGAAUCCUGCUGUUGGAGAUGUUCAGUGGCAGAAGGCCAACAGAUGAGAUGUUGAGAGAUGGAUUUGGGAUUCAUAGCUUUGUUGGGAAGUGUUUGGUCGAGGAAGCUAAGGAGGUCGUAGAUCCUUGGCUCUUGACAGAAAUGGAAGAUGCAGUGAGAUUCAGCAUUGGUGAUAGAGAUCAAAGCUUCAUGGAACAUCAUAAAUUAGACAGUUGCAGUCCAUCAGAGACUGUAUUUGUGUUGUUAGAGAGACGGCCAACGGGCGAUGAUAUCGUCGGGGAUGCCACAUCGGAUCCACGCCUCCGAGUGUUGGAGCUUAGGGUGGAAUGA